CCGUAACGUCUGGUAGGUCCAGCAUCCUUCAUUGGGUCUCAUGAUUCAUUCCACAGGCGGAUCAUGCUCAGCAUCCGCCAAAAAUCCGGACAUACCUACCCCACCUUGGAAGUGCAAAUUCGUCGCCGAUCAGCUGGUCGAAGUCUAGCAUGAUCAAUAUAAGAUCAGCCAUUGUUACGUGACGAGCCACAUGUGACUUUUCCAAUAUUCACCACUGUUGGUUUAUUCGUAAAACCCGACACUGUUGGCAACAAUGCUGCGCAAUGUUCUAGACUUCUGCGGUGAGGUUUGAAGAGAUGAGUGGGGCAUCCGAAGUGCCCCUCCCCAUCUCUGUUCAAGCUUAAGCUUUGGAGAAACAUCAACCAACCAAACAUGGCGAGCAGCGACAUUCUAAACAUCAGUACGCCCUUGUCCUGCACGGCAGACUUUUGCUUGAUUCCGCUGGGCACGCCGACGGCAAGCGUGUCGAAGGAAGUUGCGGAGGUGCAGCGGAUUCUGAAGAGGAGUGGACUGACCUACUCCAUGCAUUCAGCAGGAACUACCCUUCAGGGCUCAUGGGACGACUGUAUGCGGGUCAUCGGACAGUGUCAUGCUCUACUACAUGAAAAUGGAGUCGUGCGGAUCCAAAGCGACAUUAGGAUUGGUACUCGAACGGACAAGAAGCAAGGUUUCAAAGACAAAGUCGAGGCUGUCGAGAAAUUGCUCAAGGAUGACAAGUGAGCACCCUGAGUUCGAUAGGAUUGAAUGCAAGGCUAUAUGUGCUUCAAUUAUCACAACAAGAAUCGCGCAAACAUAUAGGUAACAUGGAUUCAAAACAACGCGACCACAAUACUUCCCCGCGUUAUCGACAGGCAACCUGUUGGCCCAAGUGACUCAUUAUCGAUAGAUCCACGACCCCUUUUCUUCGAUUGGCUGCCUUUGCACUGAUGUACCUACGAUACUGGGGUUGCCGGUUGAACUGGCGGACUUCUGGAAGCGUUCUGUGGCUCGUGAGGACGGAGGCAGAUGUUUGACAAGGAUGUGCACGGAGGUAUCGGUACGCGUCAUAUGAAAUUACCUAGGAUGCUUGCUCAACUUGGUGCGAGACAGCUUCAAUAGGUCGUGCCUGCCCCCCCAAAUAUUUGAUAAACAACCAAACGGACUUCCU